CCCUAAAUUUAUUAACCUCUCUGUUACAAAAAUGAAAAUUUGUUAACAAGUUAUUUAUUUAGAGUUUUAUCAUACGCUACUUUCAACCAAUAGACGGAAGUGGGACGCGCAAUAGUAAUCUUGACCGUUAAAUCGCAACACGGGGCCCUAUAAUUAUAACCGCCUUGGAGCUGAAGAAAUGCACAGAACUGAAAGAGAAAUGAGGAGGGAGGAUAUCAAAACUUCGAAAUUGUUCUCAAAUUGGUAAUCUAUCAGUAAUAAUUCAAGUCAGACGUAAACGAACGGUAGAAUGAGGGUGGUGAGGCGAUCUGUACUGACAAUGACUGCGUUGAGUGGUAGGAAUUGGGAUUUGAUUUCGAAAUCGUUGAUUCCUCGCUGCUUUUCCACUCCUGCUUCAUCGCCACAGUUACCAGACAAUUGCGCUGCGGCGACUGAUGAUCUGCUGCUUGAUGAAUCAAAAGUUUCUGCUACGACCGGGGCUGAGAUGUUACCCACGCUGCUCCGUCCUCGCGUUGUUGUAUACGACGGCGUCUGUCAUCUCUGCCACACUGGAGUGAAGUGGGUAAUUAAGGCCGACAAGGAUAAGAAAAUCAAGUUCUGUUGUCUACAAUCGAAAGCUGCCGAGCCUUACAUGAGAGCGUGCGGUGUUGAAAAAGAGGAUGUUCUCCGUCGCUUUCUCUUCAUUGAAGGUCCAGGUUUAUACCACCAAGGCUCUACUGGUACUUCAUUUCUUCUCAUUCUUGUUCACAAUUAAUGGAUCUUACAAUGGCAUAUUGUUAAAACAUGUUCAUUUGAUGAACUGCAUUGCAGAAUGAAAUACUAUCAUGCAGAUAAAAUUGUUGAUGAAAUGGUGAAUAUAAUGCCUUUUAAAUUGAUUUGUGUGAUUUAGCUUCUAUUUGGCUUGUUUGAUGUACUGUUCCCGUCUUGAAGUAUGUUUUUUCCUUUCUUUGUGAAAUUGUUUUCUUUCACUUUGGAGUUUCACUUUAUCAGUCUUUCUUCAAUCCUUUGAACCAUGGAGAGGGUUGUAACAUAUUGAAUAAAUUUAGAUUAUUCGAGGAAACUAUCAUCGUACCUAUUGUAAACCAUAUAGAGGGAGUAGACAGUUGUUUUUUGGGUUCUCACACAUUCUGAAAUUCCAAAAAA